AUGCCAGGUGCCAUUGGAAACAUCUUUGUGAUGGUGGCAGCUGGAAAGUGUCUAGUGGGUGGGUUCACCAAUGGCUUCAUUGUACUGGUCAAUUUCAUGGACUGGGUCAAGACUGGAAGACUGUCUUCAUUGGACUUAAUCCUCACUGCCUUGGCCACCUCCAGGAUUAUUUUAAUGGGGUCAUUUGCAUGUAUGGUCAUUGUAAUUAAUUUCUUUAUCUUUCAUGAGAUGAUAUAUCUAGAAUCCAUCUGGAAUUUGAGCAACCACUUAAACACCUGGUUUGACACCUGCCUCAGUGUCUUCUACUUCCCGAAGAUUUCCAACUUUUCCCACCCUGCCUUCCUCUGGCUGAAGUGGAGGGUUAACAAAGUGGUCUUCAGGAUGGUUUGCAUCUGCUUCCUCGUUACCUUGCUUGUCGAUCUUUUGUUGGCGGAGAAAAUUACUAUAUCUACAAUCUGUGUAGCGCAUGGAAAUAGAACAAAUGGCACUCAUGAGACACAAAUAACUAAAGAGCACCAUUUUUUCAAUCUGAUUCUCUACUACAUGGGGGGGUUUGUCCCCUUCAUUUUCUCUCUCAUCUCCUGCCUUUUGUUGGUCUUCUCCCUGUGGAAGCACAGCCAGCAGAUGCAGGGGAAUGUCACAAACUGCAGAGACUCUGGCACAGAGGUCCAUAAGAAGACCAUGAAAUCUAUAGUCUCUUUCCUUUUCCUCUUUUUACUAUACCAUGUGAGCAUCGUCAUAGGAACCUCGAGCUACAUUCUUUUGGACAAUCCUUUACUUGUUUUGUUUUCAAUGAUAAUAACAGCCAUCUACCCCUUGGCCCACUCCAUCAUCUUGAUCAAGUUGAAUAACAAGCUAAGGCAAGCCUCCCUGAGGAUUCUCUGGCAGCUCAGGCACUGCCCCCAAAGGAUCUGGGAAAGGCUUUGUGGUACAGGUUAA